GAUGGCAGCGGACGGGCAGUGCUCGCUCCCCGCUUCAUGGCGGCCAGUCACCCUCACCCACGUCGAAUAUCCCGCAGGUGAUCUGUCCGGCCACAUUCUCGCUUACCUGAGCCUCAGCCCUGUGGCCAUCAUCAUCGGCUUCGUGACUCUCAUCAUCUUCAAGCGGGAACUGCACACGAUCUCAUUCCUGGGGGGCCUGGGACUGAACCAGGGGGUCAACUGGCUAAUCAAGCAUGUUGUACAGGAGGCGCGGCCCUGUGGAGGCCCCCACACGUCUGUGGGCACCCAGUACGGCAUGCCUUCCAGCCACUCCCAGUUCAUGUGGUUCUUCUCUGUCUACUCAUUCCUAUUCUUGUACUUACGAAUGCACCAGACCAACAAUGCCAGGUGUCUGGACCUGCUGUGGCGGCAUGUGGUGUCCGCCGGCCUCCUCACUGUGGCCGUUCUGGUCUCCUACAGCAGGGUCUACCUGCUCUACCACACCUGGAGCCAGGUGUUGUAUGGGGGCAUCGCAGGCGGCCUCAUGGCCAUCGUGUGGUUCAUCUUCACGCAGGAGGUCCUCACACCCUUCUUCCCGAGGAUAGCGGCCUGGCCGGUGUCUGAGUUCUUCCUCAUCCGGGACACAAGCCUCAUUCCUAACGUGCUCUGGUUCGAGUACACGGUCACCCGGGCGGAAGCCAGGAACAGACAGCGCAAGCUGGGGACGAAACUGCAGUGACCAGGGGUGCGCUAGUCCAGCCACCUUAUCUGGCCCUGGGGCCGCCCUUGCAAGGCCGGACAGAGUGACCAAGGGACAAAGCUGAGACCUCGACUGACCCAAGUUGCCGUGUGGAGCCUUUUCUUUCUUCAUAUUUUUAUUUUGAUGAACAAGAUGGACCAAAGGGCUGGGCUGGCCCCUCCCCUGGGACGUUGGUGGGCCUGCUGCAGGGGACCAAAGGCCAGAGAUUCGGGCAAGUGCUGCUGCAGCCCCCAGCGGCCCUGGGGAAUUGGGGUGGCGUGAGAAAUUCACACUAUUUAUUUUGAGGGAGGGGGGCUUGUUCAAAAGGCAGGUUUAGGAUGUUUCCAAAGGGUCCGGAGAACCUCCGGUGGCUGCUCCAAUGCAGGGGGUCCAUGAGCCCGGUGGGGAGCAGCCCCCAGGCACCCCAGAGGAGGGGAGUCUUCUGAGCCCUUCCUACUACCACCACUCCCACACAUCCCAACUCCUUCAGUGUUUCCUGCCUGGGGCUUCCCCCAGUAUGCAUCUGGCGCUGCUCAUUAUGUUCUGUCUGUCCCCCUCCAUCACAAGGGCUUUCUUGUCCCCCCUUCCACCCCUCAUCCCGAGCCUGUCCAUGUGUGUGUUUCAGGGCACACCCAGGCUCUGUUUACAGCUCUGACCGCUGCCUGGUAGCGGUCACCCUCAUCUCCAUGUGAUCAAAGCACCAGGUGGGGCCCCCUGCGCCCCCCCGUGGCUCUAAGCCUUCUCUUCCCACCCCACUCCUGUCUGACUCAACUCCUGGGAGCUUGGGACCAGCCUGUGUCUUGGCUGUGGGGUGCACACAGGCCCCUUACGACCUCCCCACUGCUGCCCCGUGUGCCAGGCACUGAGGCGGGCACCUCUGACAGUUUGAAAGCCAGUGGGUAGGGAGGAGAUGUUUCUGGAAGUUUCUAGAAGUGACCCUGGCAGCUCAGGACCUGUGUUGGAAUUUCCCGGUCCCACACCCCACACACCCCGGCCCCCGUUUUCGCUGUGGAGGGUACUAGUCUGUUGAAGUACAAGGCCGGGUGCUUCGUCCUGUCAUUUGUCCCAGACAGUGUCCCAGGACCAUC